CUUGCAAUGGGUUUGUUCUCCUCUCUCCUCUGCCAUUGAUGAAACUAAGAGAUUCUUUCUUAAAUUCUCAAUCUUCCGCCAUGGAUAUCAACAACAACCACCACCACUCCGACGACGACGACGCUCUCUCAGGCAAUGAAAACGGCGAUGGAAGUGGCACUAGAAUGGGAGAGAACCAGCAAAUUUGUGAUGCAGACCAAGAGGAGCCUGUAGAUGGUCAUUCCAUUGAUGUUGAGGCCAGUCUUGAUCUUAUGGGGACAAUGGAACAAGACCUUCAAAAGGAGGUAGGAAAUGCUGAUUUAGUCAUGAUUGAUGACCAAGAGAAGGAUCUUGAGAAAGAAACUGAGAUGGGAACCAAGGAAAAAGAUGGUGAUGAGGAGGCUAAAUCUGAGAAGCCUAAGAAGAAAUAGAUCAAAGAAAGACAAGACUCCGGCUAAAGUAGAUGCUCUAGUUGCUAACAACGUUGUACUUUGGUUAUUUUAAUUUCAAAGUAAAUAUAUGAUAUUAUUGAUA